AUGCGCACUGUCCGCGCUCGGGAAAUGUGGGGAUACAGUGCUUUGGGUCGGGUCUCGGGUUGCUGGCGGCGGGGCCUAGGGGUCAGCGCCGCGCCCAAAGACUCACGCUUUGGCACCGAGGCCCGGCAUCAGCUGCAACCUAGAAGCUCCAGCAAACGGUUGGUGCCCCUCGGGGACCAGCCUUUCCCGGGGCUGCUGCGGCCAAAGAACCUCAGUCGGGAGGAGUUGGUUGAUGUGCUGAGGGCGGCCGUGGUGGACGAGAAAGGACCUCUAGUGACGUUGAACAAGCCACAGGGUCUGCCAGUGACAGGAAAACCAGGAGAGCUGACAUUGCUCUCUGUGCUGCCAGAGCUGAGCCAGUCCCUGGGGGUCGGGGAGCGGGAGCUCCAGGUUGUCCAAGCACCUGGGAAGGAGACCUCUGGGCUUGUACUCCUCUGCAGUUGUCCCCAGACAGCAAGCCACCUGCAGAAGUUCUACAUCCACUCUCGGAGAGCCCAGAGACCCACAGCCACCUACUGUGCUGUCACUGAUGGGAUCCCAGCUACUUCUGAGGGGAAGAUCCAGGCACCUCUGAAGCUGGAACACAUUGAUGGGGUCAAUCUUGUAGUUCCAGUGAAGUCCCCAUCCCGAAAGGACAUCUUGGAAGGUGUCAAGAGGACCUCCAGCCACUUCCGAGUGGUGGCCACAGGCUCUGGCUGUGCCCUAGUCCAGCUGCAGCCACUGACAGUGUUCCCUAGUCAACUACAGGUGCACAUGGUACUACAGCUCUGCCCUGUGCUCGGGGACCACACGUACUCUGCUCGUGUGGGCACUGUCCUGGGCCAGCGCUUUUUGCUGCCAGCUGAGAGCACCAAGCCCUCAAAACAGGUCCUGGAGGAGGCCCUCCUCAGACGCCUCCGCGUGAGCCCCUCCCAGGCUGCCCAGCUGCCCUUGCAUCUCCACCUGCACUGUCUCCUUCUCCCAGGCACCAGGUCCAGGGACACCCCGAUGAAGCUUCUGGCGCCCCUGCCACCUUAUUUUUCCAGGACCCUACAGUGCCUGGGGCUCCUCCAACAACAGUCCUCCCUCUGUUCCUAACCAUCCCCCCCCAGGGGGGCCAUGUUUAAGGACCUUUAGUCACAUAAACCUGAGAUGACAUCCUGGUGCGGCUGCUUGCUUGCUGUGUGGCAUCAGGCAAGUGACUUCACCCUCUGGACUUGAGAUAAUAAAAGUUCCUACCUCAUGGUAUGGUUUUGAGGA